AGGAUUUGCAAUUCAAUCAACAUGGCUUCUCAUACUGGGCACAAGUAUGAGUUUGGUGGACCUCUCGGGGCUUCUGCUAUUGUGUUUGGUCUUCCGGUUCUGCUUCAGUUUUUUGCGUUUGCCUGCAAUGACGUCUCAGGUUGUCCUGUUCCAUCGCUGCUGAGUCCUAGUACCUUUACAUGGGAUAGAUUCAAGAUAGAAGCUGGAUGGCCGGAUGGUGGUGUUUGGGAUUUGUGGAGUUGGAAUGUGACUGCCAUGGUGUUGGGCUACUACCUCUUCAGCUUGGUUCUAUGGAGGGUUCUUCCGGCCCAGGAGGUAUACGGCACGAAGCUGGUUCAACAUGACCGUCCAUUGCUCUAUCGUCUUAAUGCCUUUUCGGCUACUUUGGUCCAUCUUGGGAUCUGCGCUGUCGGGACCUAUCUCCAAGGCGCAGACUUUAUUGUGUGGACUUAUAUCACAGAUAAUUACGUGCAGAUCUUGACAGCCAAUAUUGCGAUUGCCUAUCUCCUAUCCAUUUUCUGCUAUAUCAAGAGCUUCGGCGUCAACACGAAGUAUCCCAAUACCGACCUCCGCGAACUCGCAGCUGGUGGAAACACAGGCAACAUAAUCUACAACUUUUUUAUCGGCCGCGAGCUCAAUCCACGAGUCACCCUUCCAUUCUUCGGUGAAAUCGACAUCAAAACAUGGUGUGAAAUGCGCCCUGGUUUGACCGGAUGGAUUCUCCUCGACCUCGCCUUCAUCGCGAAACAAUAUCGCACCUACGGCUACGUCUCCGACAGCAUCAUCUUCACGACCCUCGCGCAAUCUUUCUAUGCACUUGACGGACAAUACAUGGAAUCCGGCGUUCUGACCAUGAUCGACGUCACGACCGACGGGAUGGGCUUCAUGCUCUCAUUCGGUGACCUCGUCUGGGUUCCUUUCCUUUACUCAACACAAUGUCGCUACCUCUCCGUCUACCCCGUCCAUCUGGGCUGGACUGGUAUCGCAGCCGCAACCACCGUCUUCGCCCUGGGAUUAUACAUCUUCCGCGCGGCAAACACCCAGAAGAAUCGCUUCCGCAGACAACCCGACCACCCCAGCGUCGCCGGCCUAUCCUAUAUCCAAACGAAACGCGGCACGAAACUCCUCACAGCUGGAUGGUGGGGUCUAUCCCGACACAUCAACUACUUUGGGGACUGGCUUCAAGCGUCCCCGUUUAGUUUACCAACCGGGCUAGCGGGGUAUACUAUCCUGCCCGCGGGGAGUGUCGCUGCGUCUGCAAAGGUGUUUACGAUGCUUGAUGGACGGGAGGUGAUACAGGGUGAUGCGCGGGGAUGGGGGGCUUUGUUUACGUAUUUCUACGUGGCUUGGUUUGCUAUUCUCUUGAUCCAUCGUGAGGGAAGGGACGAUGCGAUGUGCUUGAAGAAAUACGGCGCGGAUUGGGAGACGUAUAAGCGGACGGUGCGGUGGAAGAUUUUGCCUUGGGUUUAUUAGCUAUAGACAGCAUUGGCUGGCGGUCGACUUGAGUAGCAAGUAACUGUCUGAAUCCUCAUAAGGAUUAGUCAAAAUAUCGUUAACGUUUAAUCCUUUUCACCUCAUAAUCACUAUGCAAAGGCACGCCAUUCAGCCUCUUUUCAUCCCUCUCUGCUUUAACAGGAGAUUCCUCCUUGCACUCUAUCUUUGGUUCACUUUCCGGUUUGACUGGAUCCGCUUGCAGCCAGCGGCAGAAGAGCUCAAACGGGGCAUGCUCGUGUUUUUCAAAACUGUAGACAUUACUGCAGG